AUGACUCGAUUCUCUGGAAAGAGUGUGAUCAUCACCGGAUCCUCUAAUGGUAUCGGAAGAGCCACCGCAGUGCUCUUUGCCAGAUACGGAGCCCAAGUGACAAUUACUGGACGAGAUGCAUAUAGGUUGGAAGUCACUAGACAGAAGGUUCUGAAAGCUGGAGGACAAAAUGUGAAUGUUGUGGUGGCCGAUGUGACUGAUCCUCAAGGACAGGAUAGGAUUAUUCAUUCGACUCUGGAAAAGUUCGGAAAGAUUGAUGUUUUGAUUUUGAAUUAG